AUGUCACACCAAACUGGAAUUAAUGCAACAUCUGAGCUGAGAGAGUUUCUGGCCCGAGCAAGGGGAGGUGCCAUCAGAAUAAUGAAGAUAGUCAUCAGAAAUGAGGAGUUGGUGCUAGAUUGGUACAGAGAGCCAGCACAGAGCUGGGACAAGGAUUACGAUCAGUUCCUGCUUCCUCUGCUCAUGCCUCAGGAACCCUGCUACAUCCUCUACCGUCUGGACUCCCAGAAUGCACAGGGAUACGAGUGGAUCUUCUUCGCCUGGUCACCUGACCAAUCACCAGUGAGGCAGAAGAUGGUGUACGCAGCCACGAGAGCCACGCUGAAGAAAGAGUUUGGAGGAGGUCACAUUAAAGAUGAAGUGUUUGGCACAGUCGAGGACGACCUGUGCUUCCAGGGAUACCUGCGACACAUGUCCUCCUGCUGCUCCCCGGCUCCCCUCACAGCAGCUGAGCAGGAAUUACAACGAAUUAAAGUCACAGAGGUUACAAUGGAGUUUGGCUUAGACAAAAGGGCACAGACUCUUCAAGGUCUUGCGUUCCCGUUACAAGAAGAGGCCAAACGAGCUCUGCAGCAACUCAAGCAGAGACGCAUCAACUACAUACAGCUGAGGUUGGAUGUAGAGAAAGAGACCAUUGAGCUGGUUCACACCAAACCUACGGAGACCCAGGAGCUUCCAUACAGGAUUCCCACGGACUCCCCCAGAUACCACUUCUUCAUCUUCAAACACUCCCACCAGGGCCAGUUGCAGGAGGCGCUGGUGUUCAUAUAUUCGAUGCCUGGGUACACCUGCAGUAUCAAAGAACGGAUGUUGUAUUCCAGCUGUAAGAACAGGCUACUGGAUGAGGUGGAGCGAGACUAUCAGCUGGAGGUCACCAAAAAGAUGGAGAUAGACAGCGGCGACGGCCUGACAGAAGACUUCCUGUAUGAGGAGGUCCAUCCGAUGGAGCACACCUUAAAGCAGGCUUUUGCCAAGCCCCGCGGACCAGGAGGGAAGAGGGGCAACAAACGCCUCAUCAAGGGUGCAGGGGAGAACGGGGAAGAAAGUUAGACAUCGUACACACACACACUAGACAAACACAAGCACACAAGCAAACAACACGAUAUCUAUUAUUUGACUUGUUAUUUGACUGUUUAGCUUCUAGCCAUUUCCUCUAUCUUCUAAUGGACAUAGACUUCACACUGAAAACAGGACAAAAUAGAUCCACCCUGAAGCAGAAUUCAUGUGUAUU